AUGAAUACCGCACCCACACAUCUCAGAAAUCCUUCACGGAACGCCUCUUGGACAGAGCAGAACUACAAGGAAAAAGACUCCGAGUCUCCUCGUUCGGGAUCCCUCGACGAGAAUGCCACGGACAAGAAAGAGACCAACGUAGAGCCUCACUCGCAAGGAUGGCUCUGUGGUGGCAAACACCUCGAAGAGCUCCGCCAGAACGAGAGCCUUAACCUCGACGGUCCCUUGACCGAGGUCGAUAUCGAUAUGCCUCUUACUCGCACCCAGGUCAUCAACCAAGGCGACAAGCAACUGGUCGAGCUCAAGUUCGCACCAGACGACAAGGAGAACCCUUUCAAGUGGGGCAAAUGGAAGAGACGUUUCAUUUCGACUCAGCUCAACCUCAUGACCCUCUUUAUCGGUCUUGCUACAACUGCAUACAGUUCCGGUAUCAACAGCAUGGUUGCCGAAUUCCAUCGCUCUACCGAGAUGGGCCAAUUGGGUCUGUUCACCUUCAACAUGACCUGCGCCCUUGCUCCAUUGUUCCUGGCUCCUUUCUGCGAGCUCGUCGGUCGUAAAAUCAUCUACGCCGGAGCAUACUUCUGCUUCUGUCUCUGCUUCAUCGGUCUGGCUCUCGGACAGAACAUUGCCACUAUCCUCGUAAUGCGUACACUUCUCGGUCUCUUCGGAUGUGUUGGAACUAUCCUCGUCGGUGGUACCUUCAGCGAUAUGUACGACGUGCACGAGCGUGCCAGACCCAUGGCCAUGUUCUCGUACGUUGCAAUUCUUGGAACUGUCGGUGCUCCCAUCUAUGCCGGAUUCAUCGACAUGACCAUCGGCUGGAGAUGGAUUGAAGGUAUCCAGGGAUUGAGCAACAUCCCUCUCCUUAUCUGUAUCUUCCUCUUCUUCAAGGAGACUCGCGGAGGUGUCGCCCUUCAGAAGCGUGCCAAGGCUGUCCGCAAGGCUACUGGUGACGAUCGCUACCAGAGCGCUAUGGACUUCGAGACCCCUAGCGUCCAGGCUAUGCUCAAGGCGUCUUCCGUCAAGGCCAUCUACAUGUUGGCCACUGAGCCUGUCGUGUUCCUGUUCGGUAUCUGGAUCGCCUUCUCUUGGUUCAUCGUCUUCCUGUUCUUGUCCGUCAUCCCCAUCACCUUCCAAGAGAAGCGUGGCUGGAACGAAGGCAUUGGAGGUCUUCCUUACAUCUCUCUCUGUGUUGGUGUCACUCUUGGCUGGUUGGCUCAUCACAUCCAGAUGAGAAGAUACCUCAAGCUCACCCAGGACCCCAACCACAAGGUCGUGCCCGAGGACCGUCUUUGGGCUGCUCUUUGGGGUGCCGUCUGGAUGCCUAUCGGUCUCUUCAUCUACAGUUUCACUCAGUACGGAUACCUGUCUUGGGUCGGUCCCACCAUCGCUCUCGCUCCCAUCGCCUUCGGUGUCUACUUCAUCUUCGAGUCGACCUACAGCUACACUGCUGAUUGUUACGGAGAGAGCUCGUCCUCAGCUAUUGCCGGACAGGGUCUCAUGAGAAACGCACUUGGUGCCGUGUCUCCUCUCUUUGCUUCUCAAUUCUUCCACAACGUCGGCAGUCAAUAUGCCGGUCUCAUCCUCUCGCUCAUCGCUUGUGUGCUCACUCUGGUGCCUUUCGUAUUUUACAAGUACGGACACCUGAUGCGCGCUCGCUCGAAGCUUGCCAUUGUCUACUAA